GGAUGAUGCGCGCGCACAUUGCAUAACAUAAUGCAAAGAAAACAUCAUCGACAGCCACCGUGCCAUACGUAUGAAGCUCUAUGAACUCUCUCGGAAACUAGUCGUUUUGAAGCCAUACCAACGUAGAAAACUUCCUAACCGAGCCGCCAUAAGACUAGAGAGGAUUGCGACAACUUUCCAACUAGAGCGACGAGCAUGUCCUUUAGCCACGCUGGUAUAUCAAAGGCUGACGCCGCAGCCUACUCAUCCUCCGAGGGCGACGAAAGCGACAAUGAUGGUCUAGCGCGACCGACUGUCGAUCCCCGAGACGACGAAUUCGGUGACUACAAUCCUCGUAAACGGCGCAGGACUGGCCGCAACGCAAAGGAGAGCGCUGCCUUGGGAAUAUUCGGCUCCGAUAGCGACGAAGAUACCCCGAAUAGACGCUGGAAGUCCAAACAAAAUCUGCGACACAAAAAUGUAGCCUUCGUUUCUGCCGGUGCUGAGAAACUGGGUGAACAGGCUGAUGAAGAGGACCAAGACAACAAUGAUCACGAUGAACUAUCUGAAGACAAGGAUGAGGGUCGGAUGGUCGCGGGGGAGAGUGAAGACGAGGAGGAAGAUGAAGAUGAAGAGAUGGCUGGAGUGGGCCUAGGUUUUCGAUCGUCAACCCAGGGCUCUGCCCAGAGGCUUGGUUGGGGCCAACUCGCUCCAAACAUGUUCGGCGACACACCAAGUAAACGGUCGAAUAUCAUGAAGACUACAUACGAUGGUAGCAACCCCCUGGGGAAAAGCUUUGUUCCAACCUCUGCAAAGGAGCCCAUCCUGAACCCGAACGUCGUCAAUCAUGAGCCAUCCCCUACGUCCCAAGCCCCCAAGCCGAGUGCCUUUGGUGGUGGCGGAUCCAAAUCCAAAUCCAAGUCAUUUGCCGCGCGCAUGAUGGCCAAGAUGGGCUACGUCGAAGGGCAGGGUCUUGGUGCGGAUUCUCAAGGCCGGGCCAGCAUUAUCGAAGCCACCCUACGCCCACAAGGCAAUGUCGGUCUAGGUACCGUGCGGGAGAAGUCCCAGCAAGAGUUAAAAGAAGAGAAGAGACAGGCGCGCUUACGAGGAGAGGAUGUGCUUGAUUCUGACGAAGAGCGUAAAAAGGCAAAACGCGAGAGGAAGAAGAGGGCUGGGGCUGGCGAGAGCGGUUCGGGUAGCGGCGUCAGCACACCAAGACGACCCAAGACGAAAUAUAUGACUGUAGGAGACAUAAAAAAAGCAGCUCCCGGCCUCCAUAUACCGGAAGCUUUUGCCCCUAUUUUAGACAUGACUGGACCUGAUCAGCGACUGCUAACUUCUGGAUCUGGCCUUUUGACUCCGACAGCAGGCGCAGCAGGUACGUCAAGCACCGAAGUAGUGGAACAGACGGAGGCUCGGAAACUAGCGAGACAGGUUCAAGGAACCCUCGCUGCCUGUGUGGAAGAGUGGAAGGCACUGGAAGAACGGAAAGCGUGGCUUGAUAUGGAAGUUCUACAACGGCAGCAAGAGGUUGAGGAGCUCGAAAGCGAAUUUUCGCUUCUCCAGGCGUUCUCUCUUCUUUUAGGCGAUAUUUCACAAGCUGCGCGAGAUCAGCAGUGGGAUCCGGUCAUAUCUGGACUUCAGAAAGUCGAAACCGAAGCCCUGGGUUCAGGCUCAGAUCACAAUGAAGAGUUGGCAAGUAUUGCAGUGGCUGCCAUUCACCCCUUUCUCACCAGCGCUAUCCAGGGCUGGCAGCCUCUGGAAGACCCUAAUCUAGGCAACUUCGUAACCGACCUUUCCAAGGUCAAGAAGCUACUUGGUAUACAAUCCGACGCAACUAAGCGAGGCACCAUCUCCAAGUGGACUCAUAACGAGGUAGAUGAUUCAAAUUAUCUUCAUGUGAGAUCUACUACGCCCUACGAGAGUAUGAUAUACAAACUUGUCUUUCCCAAGCUUGUUACAACGAUAUCACAGACCUGGAACGUCCAGGAUGCGACACCACUUCUUACGGUAUUGGAAAAAUGGGAGCCGCUAUUCCCUGCCUUUGUUCGCUCGCAGCUGCUGGAGCAGGUUGCUCGGAAACUUGAGAGCUCCAUCUCGAGCUGGAGACCCAAGAAUGAACGAAGUACACCACCACACCUGUGGAUAUUCCCCUGGCUCCAACAUUUGCCUUCAUACCAUCUAGAACCAAAAGGCACGGGCGUCGUCUCCGAAAUCAGACGGAAGUUCCGACAAACGAUCGAUUCUUGGCAAUUUGACAAGGGAGUGGUACCUGGCCUCAGGAAUUGGCAAGAUGUACUGCGCCCUUCACGAGCACAAGAUCAAUGGAAACCCUUAGUCAUGCAUCACAUCCUACCCAGCAUGGGCCGCUAUAUUCGCACCAAUUUCCGCGUCGACCCAGGCGAUCAAGAGCCGUAUCUGAAAAUGCUACAGGGCGUAAUUAAGUGGACAGAUGUCAUCUCGUCUUCUUUGGUAGGCGAGGUUGUCGUCCAAGAGGUCUUCCCCAUGUGGCAUGACGUGCUGCACCAGUGGCUCACUAGCGACGAGGUCAACUACGAGGAGGUGGGUGCUUGGUUCGAAUGGUGGCAGAACGACGUGUUUCCGCCCGCGAUCGCAUCGCUCGACAGCAUCAAGGCUGAGUUCCGGCACGGCACGGCCAUGAUCGAGAAGGCACUCAAGCUAGGCGACUCGGCGAAACACCUCCUCCCGCGCGCUGAGACAGACCGUGCUGCGCGCAAGUCGCGCCCCUCCAGCAAGCCGAACAGAGAACAACAGUCGAAGAGAUCAGAACCCAUUACAGUCCCGCCGCCACCGGCCCCAGAGCCGGCGACCUUCCGCGAUGAGAUCGAGGCCUGGUGUCUGGACAACGAUCUGCAGUUCAUCCCCAUCCGCAAGACCAACGAACUCGGCCACCACUAUUUCCGGCUCACGGCUCGUCUGGACGGCAAAGGUGGUGUCUUGGCGUACUUCUCCUCUUCCUCUUCUGGCUCUGGGGGCAGAGAAGAAGAUGUACUCGUCGUCGAGUCACGGAAGACGAAUGGCGAGUUUCGCCGGGCUGAGAAAGCGGACUGGGACGCUUUGCUCGCUGUGCUGUUUGAGGAUGCGGAGGGGAAAUAGGUUUUAGGGAGGUGGUUAAGAACAAAGGGGUUGGAGUUAGUUGUAAGGCUAGUGUGAUGGAAUGGAUAAAUAGCGAAAAUAUAGUAUAGAAACUUACAGCUA